UGAGAGCAGUGGUAGCAGGGGAGAAGGUCGAAACGCAAAAUCACCUGAGAAAGACACCAAUACAGAUCUGUUCCUGCGAUAGAAGAACGCAACAUCAACACCCCAAAAGCACAUAAAGUUGCAAGAGAGAAACAGUGACCUCGGAAUUGUUACCAAGGUAGACUCAUCUCGGAUUCAGCGGUUAUAGCUUUCAACGACAGUUCGUUACUAGGCAUGAGAAUGGGAGAAAAGGGUUACCUCGGAUUCAAAGGAAUUUGAGGCAAAAAUGAGAGUGAUUCAGAAGUUUUUCGUUGCAUCAAUGUUGAUGUGGGCAAUCCCCAUUGCAAUAUUGUAUGCUUUCAAUCACAACAUGCUUCCUGGAGCAUCCAAUUUGUCCCCUUACUCUGGGACACUAGUGAGUGGAUUUCUUGCUGUCAUAUCUGUCAAUGUAAUCAUAGCAUUUUACAUAUAUUUGGCAAUGAGAGAACCUGCAGAUAAACACGAACCUGACCCUAAAUUUGUUGCUGAGGCCAAAGCUAGCAUUAAUCAGCCGACAGGGGAUGCUCAGCAAUCUUCCCAGGCUGUCAAAAAAGAACAGUAGAUGAUGAUGUUUCGAGACCCCUUUGUUUCUACUCACAAGUUGUUCAUCUUGGAGAGGAGAAGGAAGAACGGGGAUGAAGGGAGAAGGUCCUGAAUCGUGUGCCAAUCAUGCUUAUGUUAAUAAGUUUGCACAUUUAUGUUUUCAUGUGUUAGGUUCUUAGCGUUUUACAUAUACACAUUCAAAGUUCCUUUCAGUUAAGAAUGUUUUAGACGGUUUUGUAUCCAUUUGACCAUUGUGUUUUCAAUGCAUUGGAGAAAGUUAUUUUA